UUAUGGUAUAAAAUGGAAGCAUGGGUGGAUGAUUAGCAAUGGUUAGGCAAUCGACAGUUCGACACGGCAUCUCCUUCUUCUUCAUCAGCUGAGUUGAGAGUUGAGAGACGGCAGCAUGGCAACUACAGCAAACCUCAACUUGUGGUCAAUCCUAUCUGAAUCGAAGCGAAUAAUCAACGCCCACUCCCGUCACUUCCUCGCUCUCUCCGUUUUCUUCCUUCUUCCCCUCUCCUUCUCCCUUAUCGUCUCCCCCACUAUCAUCCACCUCCUCACCCCUUCUAAUUCAUCCACCAUCCACAUCCUUCUUCGCCUAGCCCACACACAAGCCCAAGCCCAAGUCCAAGCUCAAACCACUUUUCUCAAUUCCCCCUUUCCCUUCCCACUCCUCUUACUAUCCCUCUUCCUCUUAAUCUUCUCCCUCUCCGCCCUCGCCACCAUCACCCACAGCAUCUUCCACGGCUUCUUCGGUCGUCCCGUUAAACUCAUCUCCGCCUUCACCUCCCUCCUCUCCUCCUUCCUCCCUCUCCUCACCACCUUCAUCCUCUCCCACCUCAUCCUCUUCUCCCUUUCUCUCCCAAUCCCCCUCUUCCUCCUAACCCCCUCCUUCUCUUUCUCUUCAAUCACCCUCACCCUCACUGCCUACGCCCUCUUCCUCCCACUCAUCUUCGUCCUCUUCUACCUCCGUAUUUCAUGGACCCUUGCCUCCGUCAUCGCCGUCGUCGAACGAACCUGGGGCUUUCAACCUCUCCGCCGGAGCGCCGCUCUGAUGAAGGGAAUGAAAUCAGUCGGCGUCUCUUGCUUGUUGUUUUUCGCUUCUUUGGAAGGAAUUAUGCUGUGGAGCGGUUCCCUUCUUGCUGAAGUGGCUUCUUCUGAUAGAGGUUCGUGGAGGGAUUGGGCUUUUGUGGUUCAGAUUGUGUUGACUUCCACCGUGCUCACGAUCUUGAUGCUUUACAACGUCGCUGCAAACACCGUGCUGUAUAUGUACUGUAAGGCGGUUCAUGGUGAGCUGGCAUCGGAGAUUGCGGAGGAGUUUGCGUGGCAGUAUGUGAGCUUGCCUUUUGAUGAUAGCAAAGUCCCUCAUGUUGUGUCUGUCGUUCAUGUGUGAGUGGCUGUAAUGUAACAUACACACAUAUAUAUAUAUAUAUAUCUGUACUCACUAUUUCCCAAAUUUUGUAUAAAUGAUGAUGUGAUGGAUGAAAAAGUAACAUGUUAGUGUUAGAUCGUGCAAAA